AUGGAUAUUUCAUCAGCUACAUGGUGGUCUGAAAUGGAUGUUAUGAAUAUGAAUGAUCUUCAAUACACUGAUCACGGCCAGAUGAUGGCCACAUUUGAUGAUUUUCCAUUCAAUAAUGACCUAUUUACCUCUUGCACCUUCGAUAAUAUUCAAGCUUCUCAAAUAUUUGAGGAGUUACCAGCCUUUUGCAGUUCAACAAAAGCAAUUUACCAGAAUAAUACCACUUUUUCUUCUCCUCCGCCUUCUUCAUCCCCCAGUGUUAUUUCCAUUUCCAACUCCAAUUCGCCAUCAGCCACUCCUACUACUACUGCCCAAAACUACUUUAAAAAUUUGAAUACAUCUGUUAAGACUGAGAUUCCAUCAGGAACUACUUUAAACUUCUCCUCAUCAAAUACUUUUCCUGAUUCUGAUUACGAUGAUAGUAAGCAACUAUUCCAGGCCAUGGGAUUUGGCGCUGAUGAUAUUUCUCAGACGAAGAAGAAGAUGAAUUAUAGUAGAACGCCUUUGCAGGCUCAAGACCACGUUUUGUCUGAAAGAAAGAGAAGAGAACGACUCACUCAGUACUUCGUAACUCUCUCCACCCUCAUCCCUAACCUAAAGAAGUUGGAUAAGGCAUCAAUACUUGGAGAUGCGAUUACAUAUAUAAAACAACUUGAAGAACAAGUAAAAAGGCUCGACGAAGAAGCUAAUAAGGAACCAGUAGUACCAGUUAAGAGAAUUCGUUUGCUCUCAAAUUAUGACAAUUCUUCAACUUGUAAUGAAAACUCCAACAAAUCAGUCAUCCCAGAUAUUGAAGUUAGAGCUUCAGAUGGAAAUGUCCUGAUUAGAGUUAGUUGCAAAAAGCAAGAGGGAAUAAUAAAGGAAAUAUUCAGCCAAGUAGAAAUGUUUCAUCUCACUAUUACUAGUAGCAGUGUCAUCCCAUUUGGUUAUGAUACAACACACAUAACUAUUGUUGCUCAGAUGGAUCAUCAGUUGAACAUGACAACAGAAUAUGUUGCGAACAAAUUACGUUUAUCUAUAAUGAAGGCUAUCAAUAGCCAUGAAUAA